UUUCCCUUUCUUCCAGAGCAGACUGUUAACUAUAAUGGAGAACUGUUGCUAACUGUCAUUCUGUGGACUGUGAUUUUCAUAUGGGAGUGCCAAAGGAGAAGAGUUUGAAGAGGAGAGGAUGGACUGAAAGGCAAUAUUCUGUCUGAGGGUGUGUCCAGGUUUCAGACAAGGGUCUGAAGGAGAGCCCAGCUGCACAGACUUCUGCUCCCUUGUCCCCCGGCAGUUCCCGGACUGGCAGCACAGAGGAAAAUGGCAAGUUCCCUAGACUUCCCUCUGCUCGACCUCCUUGUGUGCCUCAUCUUGGUCCAGCUGCUUACCCCUUGCUCAGCUCAAUUUUCUGUGAUUGGACCCCUUGGGCCCAUCCUGGCCAUGGUGGGUGAAGACGCUGAUCUCCCCUGUCAUCUGUCCCCGAAGAUGAGUGCAGAGACCAUGGAGCUGAUGUGGGUGAAAUCUAGUCUUGGGCAGGUAGUAUAUGAGUAUGCAAACGGGCAGGAAGUAGAAGAGCAACAGAUGGCAGAGUAUCGAGGGAGAACUUCUAUUUUAAGAGAUGGCAUCACUGAAGGGAAGGCUACUCUCCGAAUAUACGAUGUCAGAGCCUCUGACAGCGGAAGCUACCUGUGUUAUUUCCAAGAUGAAAACUUCUCUGAAAAAGCCCUGGUGGAGCUGGAGAUUGCAGCCCUGGGUUCUGAUUUUCACAUUGAAAUGAGGGGUUAUGAGGAUGGAGGGAUCUGUCUGGAGUGCACAUCCACCGGUUGGUAUCCUCAGCCCCAAAUAGAGUGGAGAGAUGCCACAGGAGAAGACAUGCCGGCUUUGGCAGCAUCUUCAGCUGCAGAUGGAGAGGGCCUGUAUGUAAUCGCAUCAUCUGUGAUCGUGAAAGGCAGCUCUGGGGAAGGGGUAUCCUGUAUCAUCAGAAAUCCCCUCCUCAGCCAGGAAAAGACCGCCAGGAUUUCCAUUGGAGACCCCUUCUUCUGGAGGGCCAGUACCUGGAUGGCAACCCUGGCUGGAACCCUACCUGUCUUGCUGCUGCUUCUCGCAGGGAUGGGUUACUUCCUCUGGCAAAAGCAGAAGGAGAAACAGGUUCUAUCCCGGGAAAAAGAGAGAGAAGAAGGAGAAAAGGAUUUAGAACGAAGGGCAAGAGAGAAGCUCCUGCGUGAAUUCGAGAAGAUAGAGUUCCUACUCAUGGCUGGUGGAGAGAAGUCUCAGACCUAUGGAGAAUCGAAGAUGGCCCUCUUCCAAGCUGUGGAAGUGAUUUUGGAUCCGGACACAGCACAUCCUAAACUUCGUGUUUCUGAGGACCGGAGGAGCCUGUGGCGGGGAAUCAUACGACGGAAUCUGCCACCCAAGCAGAAGAGAUUUGAUAUACAUUACUGUGUUCUUGGCUUCAACAGCUUCACGUCAGGGAGACAUUUCUGGGAGGUGGUGGUGGGGGACAGGGAAGAGUGGUAUGUCGGGGUGUGUGAGGAGCAUGUGGAGAGGAAAAAAUGGGUUAAAAUGUCACCUGGGAAUGGAUUCUGGCUUCUGGGGCUGUCCAAGUGGAUAGGCUAUCAUUCUCUCACUUACUUCAAGACCAUCCUGGAAGUUGCCAACCCCCUUCAAAAAGUGGGAGUUUUCUUGGACUAUGAGACUGGUGAGGUCUCAUUCCACAAUGCCUUGGAUGGAUCUCAUAUCUACAGCUUCCUGCACACCUCCUUCUCUGGGCCUGUGUGCCCUGUUUUCAGAAUUAAGACAAGGGAUCUAACUGCCUUGACCAUUUGCCCAGCGCAGACAGGAGUGCAGAGUUCCCUUGUUACUGACCUAGUGUCUGAUGUUUCCCUGGAGACCCCAGUGAACCCAAGCUCUGCUGAUGGGAAUGGGGACCCUCAGGCUGAAGUAUCCUGCUUGCUUUCUCCUGCCCAGCCUGGAGCUGGGUGUCUCCUCUUUAACAGCAACUCAUCACAACAAUAAAAUACUUACUAAAUGCACACACUAUGUGAAGCACUUCACUAAUAUUAAUUCCAUUAUUCCACUUGACAGUUGAGUUUGAUACCACUUUAUUUUCUCCUUUCUGUAGAUAAGGAAAUAGGAUCUAGAAAAUUGAAUUAACUUUCCAAAGGUGACUCAGCAAGUGAAAGACAGCUGGGAUUUGAACAACAAUAAUUAACUCAAAAGAUAACGUAAAAUGUACUGGGUGUUGUGCUAAAUGCUUUUAGUGAAUUUCACUCAUUUAAUCCUCACAACAACACUGUGAGGUAGUCUUAUUUCGAUAAUGUGGAAACUGAAGCAGAGCCAGGUUAAGUAAAUUAUAUAAUUUACACAGAAAUUUGUGCUGCUGGGAGAAGUUUGGUCCCUGUCCCACCCGCACGUCCCAGGCUGUCCUUUUUCUGCCGCAUUGCCCCCAUGGAGAAGGGACCAUGUGCAGCCCUGAGGUUCCUUCCCCAGGACACCUCAGGAUGAGGAUCACUGUAGGUGACUAUGGAGGCCACACUCCACUUGGUUCCUUCAAGGUUGAUUGUCAGAGCCAUAGGUCCAGCUCUUCAUUGGAUUGAGUCUGCAGGGUGACAUGGUCCAGAAAGUGAAUUCACAGGGACUGCAUCACACAGGAUGUGAAGGGACCAGAGGCCAAACUCUUCACUAAUAAUGGGCACAUGUGCACCCACUCUGUCAAUGUGAUGCAUGAUCACGGAGCCAGAACCAAUCCUCCCACUUUGAACGUCUCAGCGAAGCCUAACUUAACACUUAAAGAUUGUCUGUGGAAUAGGAAUUUGGGAGGAAGGAAGCUAGAUGAACUUUAGUGGUAUUUUUAUCACACUGUAGAAUCCAUCUCCAGGAAAGUGAUAUUUCCACUCCUGAUCAUUCACUGAUGAUAACGGAUGUUCCUUUCAAUUGAUGGAUACAGGGAAAGGCUACUCUUCAUUAGAAUCACUAUUAUUGUUCACCACUGUCUCCUCGCUACCUGGCAUGUGGUUGUCAAGUUACAUUUGUUCAAUAAAUUUGUUAAUAGUCUUUACUCUUCCACUGAGCUUUUUCUAGAUUUUAUGCCCCCACAGUUUACUCACCACAGUUUCACAGUUUACUUCAUUCCAACAUUUUCACAAAAUCCUUAGUUUAUUAGUUUUCUAUCGCUGCCAUAAUAAAUUAUUUCAAAUUUUAGGACCUAAAACAAGAUAGAUUUUUUAUCUCACAUUUCUGUAGGUCAGAAGUCCCACAUGGGUCUCACCGAGCUAAAAUCAAGGUGCCUGCACUGAGUUACUUUCUGGAGGCCCUGAGGAAGAAUCUUUUUACUUGAUCAUUCAUAUUUUUGGCAGAAUUCAGUUUCUUGCAGUUGUGGAACUGAGGUUGCCAUUCCUUGCUGGAUGUCAGCUGAGGGCUCUUCCCAGCUUCUACAUGCUGCUGCCCUCCUAGGUUUGUGACGGUC